GUAUCAACAAAUUCAAGUUCAACCAAAACUCAAAGGCAAAACAGAAAGCAAUGAAGACUGCUCCACAAGUAAUCUUGAUCUUCGACAAAGCCCUCGCCACCGCCAUCACCGGCGGCCUUCAACCAAACGCCAACUCUCCUCUUCAAAUUUCAACAGAGUCUUUCGAUCUGUCACUAGCUCGAUAUGGAAUCACCGGUGUCAGAGCUUCCGGAAACAUCACUCACUUCGUUGAUAGCAAUAGAGUUCCUCAAGUUUCCAUUUUGGUUAUGCAAAAGUACGAAUCUCCUGUAUUGGCGUGUGCCAUUAGUGAAGUAUUGUCAUCAUUAGCAGGAGAAGACAAGUCAAACAUGCCUUCAUUGAUCCUUCCCUUCAUUCUAGACUCAUCAAAGAUUAAACUGGAAAGAAAAAACUCACCAGAUGAAUCUGUUUAUGGCAUCCAAAUCGGUCCACAAACUGACAUGAUGCAAACCCUAGCUACCAGACAUGAAAAGGCACCCUCAUCGAUGCAGAUUCACCAUGAACAGCUAUCUUGUGUUCUUCAAUUGGUCCGUGUCUUGAAGACACCAGCAUUCAUUCUGAUUGGGCAAAUUGGUCAACAUAAAAGUACAACAAAUGACCUUGAGGUGAUUUGUAAAAUAGGAGAAACUUUGGCUAGUGUUUCCUCCUUGCAAUUUGUGAAAGAAAACAUAACAUGGAAUCCAAAUAAGGUGUCAAAAGAACAUGAAAAAGAGCCAUGGCGUGCUUUAUAUGGUUGAAAUCAGGUUUCUUGUCACACUGAGAUGUUCAUGUGUAGUCCAUUUUAUGCAUUUCCAUUUGUAGUUUUUGUUUCAUAUUGACAUUAGAAAAGUAACAAUGGUUAUAUGCUACAUUUUGUUGUAUGUUCACUAUUGUCAAUUUGUCAUCAUAAUUGGGAAUUAGAAACAAUGAUGAUCAGAAUUUUGCUAAUUUCUCAAUGAG